CUUGAAUUUUCAACAUGUUCAACUUUCGAUCAAAUCAAGUCAGUUGCACAAGUGAGAUGAAUGGUGGUGUUUACACGUUCAAUUUACAUUCAAUUGGGUAUUUUCAUCUGACAGGAAUCAAAUCACUUGCACCGUCUCAACCGGGCAUAACAUCGUUUACCCGCUCAUCGGAAAUCUUGUUUAUGUUUACUUCUUCGCAGGUGACAAAAAAAUGUUAUGACAGUUCUCACAGCUAACAACGAAAUGUUUGUAAACAUUGCACUAAUACACUCGAUUUCACUAAAACUGAAUCUCUUUUUCACUAAUACACUAUUAGCGUUUCUUUAUCCUUAAGUAAAUAUAAACAGAGUUCAAUGCGAUGUUGAGCGAGCAACAUAACAAAAACAAAUUAGGUAGUAGUUUUGUUUAUUACGAAAAGUGCCGUUUGUUGAAUGACGUCCGGGUCCGGGUACGUGCUAGAUUCCGGAUUUCUUUAAGGACGCGCGAGUUCUGAGUUUACAAAAGCGAGAAGCCAUUCAUCCCGAAAUGUUUAAACCCUGGCAGAGUUUGCACUGGAAAAUAUAGGAGACGUACAUCCAAAUAAGUUCACUACAUUUACUACAUUUAGGCUUUUAUUUUAUGUUGAAGAAUUUAGAUGAAAAAACAUGAGCGUUCUCAGCUACUUUUAAGCAAAAUGCAAGAAACUGAACCCGUGCGAGAGCAGCCAGCCGGAAACGAAAUGGCUGAGUCACAUUUUUGUACUAUAUGCAGCAGUACAUUUUCAAAUAAGAAUGCUCUACAAAAGCAUAGCAAAAGGCAUCAGCCUGGUCAAUGUGAUGUAUGCCACAAAACUUUUCAGGAUCGUAGAAAACUUAUGAUGCACAUGAAAUUGCAUGGGCCCAAAAACUUUAUGUGUCCGGAACCGGAAUGUGGAAAAUCAUUCAUUCGCGAAAACUCACUGCAUCGUCAUGCAAAAAUGCAUGAAAACAAGCGCCAACGAGAGGCAAAGAAAGCUGCUUCUUCGUUGGAGUGUGAUCUGUGCGAAAAAGUUUUCCACCGGAAGACUAAAUUGCUGCAACACAAAAUAGAGAAGCACGGACUGGAAAGCCACAAUUGCCAGUUUUGCAUCGCGCAGUUUACCAUACGCAAAGAGUUAGAUGAUCAUUUGGAGAUUCACGCAAAAUUAUCCAACGUAAUUCAGGAUAAACCUAAGAUGAAUAAGCAACAGCUGCCGUUGCAAGAACACGUCGUAGUGAAAACUGAACCAACUGAAGAUACCACAUGGACUUUAGUAGAUGAUUUCGAUCAUUCAAGUCAACAAAUUAAAACUGAGGAAUCAACAGGGUAUGAGGAUAUGAUUGAUAUAGGAGCAGUGAAAAUUGAAGACCUAAACGAAGAACCAGAUACGAACGAUGAUGAGCACAGUGCUAGGGUGACUCAAGGAAAUGGGCAUCAGUCAACGAUCGAUCCCAUUAGUGAACGCAAAAGACGAAAACCAGAGGCUGGAGAAACUGGCAAAAAGAAAUUAAAGCAGCAAUACGAUUGCAGUACAUGCCAGAAAACAUUCAAGUAUCGAAGCCAACUGGAAGCCCACGAAAAACAGAUACAUGGACCUAAAACGUUCGGUUGUAACUUGUGUGAUGCCAUUUUUCGCAGACGCUGUGAUUUGGUAUAUCACAAAGCAAGACACGCAGAGGCAAAGAAGGCCGGUUGCUACCCAUUGCAAGUAGAACGAAAGAAUAAAUCAAAGAAAUUGAAUAAAGACACCGACGGAUCGAACUUGAAGGAUAUCUCCGCAAUGCCAAAGAAUGAGACUUCCUCUGUUUCGGAAUUGCAGUGUUCAAAAUGUUCCAAGGUUUGUCCGGAUCAACAUCGCCUAUGGCUUCACUAUGUAUCUGCCCACAGAAAAAAGAACAUUCAGUGCCCUUAUUGCAGUGCAAGUUUUUAUUUGAAACACCGAUUGGACAUGCACAUCGUUUCGAAACACAAGCACGAAGAUGGCAGUGCGAAACCUGUACAAUGUGAACACUGCAAUGAGCAAUUUAAAAGUUUACUUAAGUUAUCGAAUCACAUGCAAAGUCAUAAACCAAAGAAGCAUAGUUGUACAGUUUGCAACAGAAGCUUCAGAAAUAUAGCCCGCCUGGAAAAACAUAAAGCUACGCACAUAUUCGACGGCGUGGUAUUAGAAUGUGAGUUGUGCAACAAAACUUUUUCGAAUAUGAAAAUGAAGUCUCUUCACAUGAGAUCACAUAAACCAAAAAAACACCAAUGUCACAUUUGCAACAAAGAAUGUGCCCACCGUUGGAAUCUUAUGAUGCACUUGAAAACUCACGAAAGAGAAAAUUGCAUCGUUAUAAAAAAUCCGUUGACCAGCUUUCCGGACCAAACAAGAUUGCUUUUUGACGAACACGAGAAAGAUCCUCAUGGAUUAUCAUUUAAUGAGAUCACACAGAAAGUAGAAUUAGAUGAUAAAAAGCAGAGUUUUAAUGGGCUGUCAGAAGCAAAAUCGGAAUCUAAAUCACACUCGUCGUCAGUAGAAUCUGAUUUUCAACUUGAGGUACCGGAAAUUAUAACAGUCGAAGCAGUUCACGAGAAUGUCAGUAGGCCAGCAGAUAGUAAUCAAGGACUUUCAAAAACAAAGAAAACCAAAGGUUCUCUACCAGUCCAGUGUAAUAUCUGCGGUAAAGUAUCGUCAUGUAUGCGGACCUGGUUAUCGCAUAAGAGGAAGGUACAUGGCCCAAAGAAAUUCGAGUGUCAUAUAUGUGGCAGGCCCUUCUAUGAUAGACAUACACUUGGAAGACAUAUUCCAGUACAUGACCCAGCUCAUAAGCGCAAGCAGUUGAAACCAGUGGUGCCGAAAACUAACGUUGAACGACCUUUCAAAUGUGACAUAUGCCAGAAAAGCUUCCGGUUGAGGUAUAAUGUGACAACGCACAAGAAAACAGUGCAUGCACCAAAAACGCACGGUUGUGAUAUUUGCGAUGCGAAAUUCACCAUAAGAUCAUUCCUAGUAAGACAUAUGAAGAUUCACAACCGUGACGCUGCGUCAUUGGAAUGUAACAUCUGUAACUUAACCUUUUCGAGUUUUCCGCAACGGGUUGGACACAUGAUAAAACAUUUACCGAAGAAAUAUCAGUGCCCUUUUUGCAGCAAAUCGUGUACAUUACGCGCAAAUCUAGACAGGCAUAUGAAAACUCAUGAUGAGUAUCAUGACAGCGGUUUACCGUCAUCUGGCGUUGCCGAGCUCGAGCCCGAUGAUAAAGCAGAAACGACCAUCAUGGAACAAGCCGUCGCAAACGAAUAGUUAAAUCAAUUUACU